AUGUUCAGUGAUGGAUCAGACCAGGCAUAUGGUACAUGUGCAUAUGUAAGAUGGCAGCUUGAAAAUGGGACUUUUGGUGCCAAUCUUCUAGCAGCAAAGAGCAGGGUCACACCAAUUCGAAAGACGACAAUCGUUAGAACGGAGUUGAACGGAGCGUUGCUUUCGAAAAGGCUUAGUGCUUUUAUCAAGAAAGAAUCUCGCCUCAUUUUCGAGAAAGAAUAUUUUUUCGUGGACUCGGAGAUAGUUAGAGCAAUGAUUCAGAAAGAUUCGUACGGAUUCAACACCUAUGCAGCCGUGCGAAUUGGCGAGAUUCAAGAAGGAACUUCUCCAAGUGAUUGGCAUUGGAUUGAAGGGAAACUCAACAUAGCUGACUGGAUAACGCGGGGGAAGAAUCCGAGCGAGCUUGACAAGAACAGUCUUUGGCAGACAGGGCCAGACUUUCUUCACCUGCACGAAUCAGAAUGGCCAAUCAAGAAAUUUGUAUUACCGGAUCACCUGCCUGAAGAGACCAAGGCGGCAAUGAUCAUUAAAGUUGAGUCGAGAAUCAUACUGUCUCAUGCCAUUGAUAUUCUACGAUUCUCUUGCUAUUAUCGUUUGCUUCGGGUGACUGCACGCAUUACAGCUGUCGGCAAAAAGACCCCGAAACCAUCGUUGAAAAAUCUUGCUGCACCAGUCGAAGCGGAAUGUGUACAGAAUGCUGAGCUUCUUUGGAUCAAAGAAGCGCAAAAAUCGUUGCAGCAGCGCUUCGAGAAAGGAAAGUUUAAUCGACUUUGCGCACGAAAGAGAAAAGAUGGAAUCAUCGUUGUUGGUGGGAGAAUCCCAAAGUCGUCUGAAUCUAGUUACGAUGAACAAGAAUUGAUCCUGAUGCCGUUCGAUCAUCGAGUGUCUCGUUUGUACGCGGAACGUGUCCACAGUAGAGGUCACAAUGGAGUAUCCACCACUAUGAGCAAGAUUCGAACCCGCUUCUGGAUCCUGAAGCUGCGCAAGAUGGCUAGGGCUAUCAGAGAGCAAUGUGUCAUCUGUCGCAAAAAGCAGAAGAUUUUGGAAAGUCAAGUGAUGGGAACAUUGCCGAAAGAACGUGUGACCCCGGCACCACCGUAG